AUGAGUGAUUUCAAGACAGUUAUCGAAGGCACUCGAGCCUCUAACAAUCUGCCAAGUGGGGUGAACUGGAAUUUUUAUAACAGUUACCCCAAGUUUAAAAAAGCUGUUUCAUCACGUCAAAAUCAUGUUCUCAAAUUAAUAUCUGCAAUAUUGAAAAAUCAAAAAAUCCCUGGAAAUAUUCGAGGUAAAGAUGCUGAUCAUCAAUUUGAACUUGUCGAGGAAGGAAAUGACACAAUCUUAGACCGAGUGACUCACAAUAUUGAUACAUUAAAUGGAUCUUUCAAGAAUGUGGGUGUAACUGUUACCCCUAAAGCUUUUGCGUCAGAAUCUACUGACAAUACACAAGCAGCAAACAAAAAAAGAAUAUUAGUACACGGCCGUAAUAUUGAAAGACCACAAAUAAAAUUCAAGAUCAAAGUUGAUAAUAGGCCAGUUCCAUUUAAACCUCUUCUUACUAGUAAACCUAACAGUAAAACACCAUUGGAUUUGUGUUUGGAAACGAAUGAAGAUGGAAUCAUGUUUUAUAAACAUCCAUAUCAAUUAGAAUUAGAAGAAUUUAAGGUUCCAGUAGAACAUUUAAAAGUCUCAACAGCUGUACAGCCUGCUUCACUAGAAGACACACCAUUUGUUGAAGUAUAUACUGAGGAACAAUUGAAUUCAAUGGUUUUGCAUUUACAAACUGUUAACGAAUUAGCUAUUGAUUUAGAGGCACACAGUUAUCGAACGUAUCAAGGGUUUACUUGCUUAAUGCAAAUAUCAACUAGAAAUGCCGAUUAUAUCAUAGAUACACUAUGUCUUCGAGACAAAUUGCAUGUGCUCAAUGAAAUAUUCACUAAUCCUGCAGUAGUCAAGGUAUUCCAUGGAGCGGAUAGUGAUAUUCCAUGGCUGCAAAGAGAUCUGGGUCUAUAUGUUGUCAAUAUGUUUGAUACAUAUCAAGCUGCUAAAAUAUUGAACUUUUCUAGAAAAGGGUUAGAGUUCUUAUUAAAGCAUUAUUGUAAUGUAGAUGCUGAUAAAACAUUUCAACUGUACGAUUGGAGAACAAGGCCAUUAUCGGCUGAAGCCAUAUUUUAUGCCCGAUGUGAUACUCACUAUUUACUCUAUGUGUAUGAUAUGAUAAAAAAAGAUCUAAUGGCAAUGUCGACUAACCAAUGUAACUAUAUCGAAUUAGUAUUUCAACGAAGUGCUGAUGUGUGCAAAUCGAGGUAUGAAGUGAAUAUUUUAAGGGAUGAGAGUCACUUGAGUAUGUACAAGCGGAGUAAAAAAAUGUUUGACAUCCAGCAAAUGUAUGCACUCAAACAUUUGUACGCUUGGAGAGAUAAAUUAGCCAGAGAAUUAGAUGAAAGUCCAGGAUACAUUCUACCAAAUCAUAUGUUGCUUAAGAUAUCAGAAAUGUUGCCCAAAGAAUCGUUUGGUAUACUGGCUUGUUGUUCCCCGGUACCUCCAUUGGUUCGACAAUGUCUUCACGAAAUCCAUUACAUCGUUAAAAAUGCUAGGGAACAAACAUUUGAAAAUGCCGAAAAGUUGAAUGAAGAUAAAAGCUUUUCACAAGAUGUGAUCAAACAUAUAGAUGUCGACAUGAUAAGUUUACAUGACUAUUCUAAAUCAAAAGAAACUGAAGCAGACUCAUUACCCACGUUAUUAAAUGAUUUAAAUAAAUUAGUCGAGGACGAGAUUGAAUUAGUAUAUUUUACACCACAAGAAAUAACUAUAUUUCAAGAAAUGAAAAAAAAAUCAAGAAAGCAUAUUGGUUUAACAAAUAUUGUGUAUAAACAGCCAUAUGAGCUGUAUUUGAAAACAAUUAAGUAUAACAAAGUUCUUAAGAAAUCAUCUGAGAUAAAAGAACAAAUCAGCGACAGCAACGAACCAGUAAAUGCUAGUAUCCCUAUGGAAUGUCCAGACAAACUUUAUUUAACACCACAAGUUAAAGAAAUCAAGAAAAAUAUUAGUGACCUGUCCAAUGUAAAAAAAGAAAUUCCAAAUACAAUCAUAAGAGAAAUAACGCUUGAAGAACAAAGUUCUAGUACAAGUUCAACUACACAAAACAAUGCAAAUAAUUCGAAAAAAAAUAACGGUUUUAUCCCUCAUAAGUAUGAAAAAACAGAUUUUGCCAAAUACCACAAUCAAUCAAAAGAGGUUUUAUUGAUUGCAAAACGAUUGCAGAAGAAAAAGAACAAAACCAAGAAAAAUAAAAAGCCAAAAAGAUUGCAAAAAACUGUAUAA